UAAGAAAAGAAAAUUUCCAAAUGAGCAGGGGAGGAUGGUUGUUCGAUGGCAUAGGUGUCUGUCUUUAUUAUUCCAUUGAGCAUUAAAAAUUAGCAGGAAAUAUUUAAAGCUAUUUCUGGGAGGAAGAAGUAUAGAGAUAGAUAUAUUAGAUAGAUACAUCAAACCUAGAUGACAGGGAAAGAGAGAGAAGAUUUCUAGAGGGUUUCAAGGGAGGAGACAUGCCCAAUUUCCCCCAACAACUCUGUUUCUUGCUUCCUUCUUCAAGAUCUCAAAGCUUGAAGAUGGUUCCUGCACCCCACCUACCUGUAGACCCGAAUGAGUUGACUCAGCAAUCUUACAAUCAAGAUUCAUCCACGUGUCUUUCAUCUGAUCAAUCUCAAAAGGAUGAUGAUGUUGCUACACAUGGAGUUCAUUCUCAAGAUCAAUGCAUCUCAUCAUCUGGUUCAGAUGAAACUCAAAUGAAGCCAUUUUUAUUUAUGGGCAAUCCAAGUUUUGGCAUGACAGGUGGUCUUCAAGCUGAAAAGACAACACCAAUAGUUGAAAAUGUUUAUGCUGAUAAUUACUUCAAUGGACUCUAUACCCCCUAUGGAUCACAACCUAUUAUUCAACCUCAUAUCAUACAAAUAGCUCCUACCCGAGUUCCACUCCCCUUAGAUCUAUCAGAAGAUGGCCCUAUUUAUGUCAAUGCAAAACAAUAUCAUGGUAUUCUCAGAAGGAGACAGAUUCGAGCCAAACUUGAAGCUCAAAACAAACUUGUCAAAAACCGAAGGCCUUACCUUCAUGAAUCUAGACAUAAACAUGCUUUGAAUAGGGUUAGAGGUUCAGGUGGGAGGUUUCUUCCCACCAAAAAACCUCAACAACAAUCAAAACCUGCAAGAUUCUUGACCUCUCAUUGCCCUUCAAGUUAUCAAGAAGCUAAUCAAUCUGGAAUGGAACAUGAACAUUAUCAUGGGUAUAGUGGCAUUUCAUGGGGAAUAAGGGGAAAUGAGGGGUUUUUAAGCACUUCGGGUGGACAAACAUGAUUGGUUUGGUGGUUUUAUAGAUUGGCUGGUGAGAUAAUACACCGGUUGGGCAACUCAUCCUUGGCUUUGUUACUAAGUUUUUGAUGUUCAUUUUGUGUUCAUCGAGCUUAGUUUAUUGUAUUUGUUUUGGAAAAGAUUGUAGCUUACUUAAAUGGUGUUUGGAAAUUUGAAUUUCAUAAAUUGAAGGGUUGGUUUAUGAUUAUGGAAAUUGGAAUUUGUUAUGAAAUUGGUUGGGAUUGUAUAAUUGCAGA